CUUUGAGCCUACAGCAAAGGAGGACGGCAACGUGAACAGCAAGCAGUUCACGUUUGCCAAGUGCCUAUAAAUAGUAGCCACCCUAUAGCAGCAACGAGAUCAAAACAGCAGAGCUUGCAAGAGCUAAAAACGACUUCAGUCCAGCCAUCCAACAAGAAGAUCAGUCUACACAUAAAACCAGAGAUGUCUGGGUCCAGGAGCUCUUCGUCUCACAACGUUACCAUUGAUUCCGAGUGGAGCAAAAAGGAGAACAAGCUGUUCGAGGAGGCCCUAGCCUGCUACGGCGCGGGCACACCCGACCGCUGGCACAAGGUGGCCCGUGCCAUGGGUGGCAUCAAGACAGCCGACGAGGUUCGCCGCCAUCACGAGAUCCUUAAUGAGGAUGUCACGCUCAUCGAAUCCGGCAGAGUUCCAUUCCCCAACUACAACACGCAGGGAGCUUGGAACUAAGGAGUGAAGGAUGAUGUGAAGAACCACCAGACAGGAACUACUGCUACGCAUGAAAUAGAUAUCUUAGCCAUUGAAGUAAAUGUGCUGAUAUAUUGUGUUAAGAAGUUUAUGAUUGCUCAGGUAAUAAAUAAGAGGAGCUAGAGAAUACACAUAAGUGUGUUAUGUGUAAAUAGCUAUAUAUAGGCUGUGAGCAAAUCAUCAGUUAUGCUAUAGAAACCAGGGAACCCUAUCUGCCCAUAGUGUGUACUGUGAAGUUAUAGUCCCCUCCCCUAUGGAUGAAUACUUGUAUAGUAAAGUGUGGUGUAAAACUCUUGUACCAGUUUGUUAAUUAUAAAGUUGUGCUUGGUUAAAACUUG